AUGGAGUUUCUGGAUGCACAACUCAAGAAGCUGGAAGGAUUGGAGAAGCCUCCCUCUGCAACAGCCAGGGAGUUGGCUAACUUUGAGUUGCAGCAUGGUAAGGGAGAGAGGCUCUUGACCAAGCACGCAGAUCAUUUUGAUAUAAACGACUUCUGCACAACCCCUGAGGCACGCUCAUUGGUGGAAGACAUCUGCGGAUGCCUGCAGCAUAUCAUUGAUGUGUGGGGGAUGGGGAGUGCAGUGGGCAUUGAGUGCACAGUCCCCAGAGAUGAUUUUAGGGAGGACGAGAAAUACCUGAACAGCCUUCUGAACUUUGCACUGAGAGAUGUGCAUGGCGACGUUAAGCCAGAGUUGCUGCACCAGUGGGAGGCCAUCAAGGCACGACACAAGGAUACCCUGAAAUACCUGCAGAUUAUCAAAGACAAUGCAUUACAAAAUGAGAAAAUAUUGGGUGGAGACCAGGGAAUGGUUUUUGAGGCUGUGUUGGAUGGAACUCCAGUGGCCGUGAAGAAAAUAACAAGGGUCAAAGGCGACCUGCCCAUUGUAGAAUUCGCCGAGUUGUUCAAGCAGGCCCUUAGGUAUGCCACUCUUUUCCCCAACCCCUGCUUGGUUCGACCCCUGGCAGUAACUACGUCAGGUUCAAUGGUAGUGGAACUUGCAGAUGCCAACCUGCAUGAGCUCUGCCACAGCAAAACCAGGCUGGCCUGGAGAUCGAAGGCCAGACUACUCCUACAGGGGGGUGAAGGCUUGGCAUACAUCCACGCUCACGGGUUGGCUCAUGGUGAUGUGAGGCCACAGGAACUCCUGCUGUAUGGCACCAAUCCUGAAACCUGUCAUUUGAAGGUUAGACCAUUCUUGUGGUUCGCAUCUAAAAUGGAACGGGCAAGAACCAGGAAAAGGUUUUGGACACCCUUGUGGAUGGCCCCUGAGCUGUAUGACGACAAGCCUCUGAGCCAGAAAUCGGAUGUCUACAGCUUUGGGGUUGUUUGCUAUGCGUUCAUAAGCCAGACCAUGCCCUUUGGUGGCGAGGCAAGCACCGAGGGCGCCAUCAUGGCAAGGAAACUCAGAGGCAGAGAGCCAUGCGCUGUGGAUCCGCAGGAUUGCCCUCCACAAAUGCUGCAGCUAAUGAGGCAGUGCUGUGCCCUUGACCCAGCGGAGAGACCAACAAUGCAGCUGGUUUGUGACAUCUUGCUCAACCUGCUGGAGGACUGGGAGGCAUUGGAUCACCAGGGGCAGACACACCACCAGGAAGUACAAUACAAUCAUGGCAUAAUCAACUUCCUUGAUUUGCAGCUACAGCAAGUGCGGAAGUUGGUAGUUCCCCCCACAGUGAAGGAAGAAGCACUGGUCAACUUUAACCUGCAGCUGGGAAGGGGGGAGAGGCUCAUUGCCAAACACUCUGCUCUCUUUGAUGUCAAGGACUUUUACAGGACUGAGGAUGCCUGCGCUGCUGUGGAAAAAAUCUGUGAAUGCCUGAGAGAGGCCCUUGAGGAAUGGGGACUGCCAAGCGCAGCACGGAUCCAGGUUAGCAUAUCCCUAGGCACUGUUGAGCAAGAUGAGCAGUUUCUGGAAAAUUUACUCAGCUACUUGUUGAAAGAUGUGCAGUGUGCCAUCCAAGAUAGCAUUCUGCAGCAUUGGAGUGCCUGCAAGGAUCACCAUGCACAGAACAUGAAAAUGUUGGAGAUCAUCGAUGAAGGCGACCUCAAGAUUCAGGAAAGGCUGGGCACAGGUGGCCAUGGUGCAGUUUACAAGGCGAUUUGGCACCAGACAAGGAGCUCCAGAGAAGUGGCUGUGAAGAAGUGCAUCAGUGGUGAGCAGGAUGAGCUGCCCAUGGGAAAAUAUGCUGAGUUCCUGAGGGAGGCCCUGGUGCACGCAGCCCUGAACGAUCACAAACACAUCAUUCAGCUCCUUGCGAUCACCACUUCAGGCUCCAUUGUGAUGGAACUGGCAGAGACUGACCUUGAUAAGUGGUGCCACGUUAGAGAGAAAUUGCCGUGGGAUCUGAAGGCCAGGCUGCUCCAAAUGGGAUCCAGUGCUUUAAAGCACAUCCACUCCAAGAAUCGUGUGCAUGGAGACGUUAAGCCUCAAAAUUUCCUCCUUUGUGGCAUGUGCACUGAUGAUUACUGCUUGAAAGUCAGUGAUUUUGGAGUCGCUUUUGAGGAGGCACAGUCAAGGGCCAUGACAGUGAGGAUAGGUCAAGGGACGCCACGGUGGAUGGCACCUGAAGCCUACUUCGACCAGCCCAUCACACAGAUGUCUGACGUGUUUAGCUUCGGGGUAUUGUGUUGUGAAGUUGUCAGCCAAAAAUACCCCUACGGUGGAUGGCGGGCUAACGAGCAUUCUAUCAUGAGAAAGAAGAGCCGUGGGGAACCACCAUGCCACAUCCAGGUGCCAGAAGAUUGUCCUGCAGAAGCAUGGAAGAUCAUCGAGAAGUGCUGCGCCGUUGACCCAAAGGAAAGGCCAACCAUGACAGAGGUCGACAACCGCUUCAAGGACAUACUCGAGGAAUGCAGCCCUGUAGAAGGCCAGGGAAGACAUCUAGGCGAAAAUGAUUGA